ACUUACCUGCGUACUUUCCUGUUGCUCUACAGAGACUAUACCAUAGCUGCACGGAAAUUCCUUGUUAGUUAUAACCGCAAAACUGUUUUGAAGCAACAACGGGCAGCCUAAAUUCUGUACUCGCGUGUCUAAUUAGGUAUUCCAGGUAUCCUGUUUUUGACAGUAUUCCCUAGUUUCGGUUUUCAUUUUUUGUACUGUAUCUCCAAGAAACUAGCGGUGAUAACUUAGAAUUCCAAUUUAAAAUGUUCUUUCUAGUUAAAUAUUCAGUCCGAUUCAAUUUAUUUGCGUUUGAGUGGGCCUUUUAGCCGAUCGAAUGUACACUUUUACCUCCAAAUUUAUAAUUUCGAUUUAGUCACUAGGCUAAUUAAGUGUUAAUAAACGAAGUGAUUCAUCACUUAUAUAGAAUAGCUAGAGCUUUUUGUCCUUUUGUAGCUGUUUGGCUUUUAAUUUUUUCAGUUGGUUAAGUACAGUGCAAGUUCAUUUGCUAAAAAGAAAGCAAAUUACGCUUUCGAUUAACAAACUUAAAAAUGAAGCAAAAAAGCGACCUAAGUUAUGAAUGUGGAUUUUAAUUCUAGAUCUCCCGGCUGAUUAAUAAACUAUCUAUAGAGUCAGUCCUGAAAUAGUGUCAGUCAUAAAAGAUUCCUGAAAUUCACAGUUCUGUUACAUGAUACAUUGUUUUUGUCGUCUUCCUGAGAUUAUUCCAAUUUCUCCAACAUUUUUCUCUGACAUUUUUCCAAUUUUCGGUUUCUAUGUUUGUUGGCUUGACAGUAAGGUAAAAUCAAUGACAGUAGAAUUGUUUUCAUCAGUGAUAAAGGUGGCAUCGGCAUUUUAAAUUAAGUGGUGUUGUGAUCUUCGGUACAAAAAGUUGAAAGUAUUGUUUAAAAAAAGGAAGUCAAGAUAAACUGAAUCGUUAAUUUUUUUUUGCUGCACAAUUGCAUCGAAAAUCUGUGUCAUCGAAAAGGCCAUGGUGCAGAAUACGUUCUGAUAUGGAAUGGUUUUACUUGUUUGUUUUCCUGUGAGCCUUUUGAUUUUUUUUUUGGAAUUUCGCUUAAUUCAAUGCCAAUUUGCUUUUACUGACAUUAGCAUGGUAUUUUUGUUUGAAAGUCCCCACCGGAUGCUAUCAACUCAAACAUGUAUUAUCAGUAAGCCACAAAAACAGAACCAGUUAGCACUGCUAAUUUAGGCUUUGGUUGAAUUUUAUGAAAGGGAAGCGAUCUUAUAUUUCCUUGUUAUGAUGGCCUGGACUUUUGGUGGCAUCAUUUUUGAUAUUGACCAUAUUAUCCUCCCUCGACCUUUAGUCCCCAGAGAUCUAAACAGCUCUAUCGGAAUGAAAAAUGUGCCGCGUUAUUGUUUGCGUGGAGAUUUAACUUUAUUAACUUGUCUCCUUGUUCCUUGCUUCCACUAUUGGAGGUUAAAAUCAACCUUCGACAAGUAGGCUUAAAUUAAGCUAAUCAAAAAUAUUCUUUUUUUACUAUUCCUUUGAUGUAGUGUUUUAAACGACGUUACUUCCCCUUGUGGAGCUAGUUUGAACCACCCAUUUCAAUUGUUUUUAUACUGCUUCCCAGACUCGAUUUAAAACCAUAUUUCCACUUUGUCCUCUCGCUUUUCCUUAAAUUACAUGUCUUACCUGAAAUGGACUCUCAAUGCAAUUGAAACUGAUUUGACCAACUCGAUUUAGAUUAUAGCCUAUGGUCUAGUUCUAGAUAAAGGCCGGUAGAGCUUAUGUCUAAGGGCUAUUUUUAGUCGGGCGAUCUGAUAAACCUGAGAAAAGUUAUUUCCUUUGUAAAAUUUGGGGCACUUAUCCGUCAUCAUUUCGCUUGCUACGUUGACAUUUCUCGCUAAUAAUUCUGGCUUGAAAUAUACUUGCGUGCGACAAAAUUUCCUUUACCUCUAAAGCUGGUGUCAUAAAAAAUAAAAUCGCAUUUUCCUACCAAGGCAAAGUUUAAAAAUAGCCCCUGCUUUAUGGUGUUAAAGGUCACCCUAAUACGACGCAUAGACUGCGAUCCAUUGUGGAGUUUUGUGGACUUUCCUCGAAUCAAAGAUGAUGUUUUUGUUGGCGAACAAAAGCUGUCAAUAUUAAACAAUCUAUUUUGAGCUGAUGACAAAUUUUCAGUUUGUUUAACAACUCAUUUCAUGUUACCUUAUUUUACAUUUCGGCCCACCCAAACAAUGAAGCUAAUAAAUCUUCUGUGUGGUAUAUUUCCGGCCUAAAAUAUCUCGAAUAACUGCUUCCUACAGAACUUCCGUCUUUUGAAGCCGGGCAUUGCCAUUUUUAAAAGCAUUUCCAUUACUUAGGAAAUAAAAUAUGCCUUCUGAAGUACUUCCCUUUGCGUCAAAAAACUGACGAAAGUUUUAUACCCUUUUUAAAUGUCAUUUUUGAAUGUGAUAACCUCAAGACUGUCUGGUGCUGCGCGCUGUUAGUUCUGAAGCUUAGCAAUUUAAUAUUACUACCUUACCGGUGCACUGAACUUUAAGUUAUAACUUUACAGCAAGUUUUCUUUGUUACCAUGUUGAAUCGCUUAGCUGGAUUUCGAGACUCCAAAAAGACCAAGUGUCUGGAAAAUAAAAAUGAACACAAUCAUUUCGGCUCACGUGUAAUUCGAGACAAAGAGAAUAACUUGGUUUGUGAAAAUGACAGUCGAGAAAACAGCACUGCCUCUGACGUUACUCCUCAAAGGGUGCUCUCCUCUCCUAUAAAAUCCAUUCAGCACUCUUCGAUUCACAAAGCGAAGUCGCACAGCCACAACAACUCGAUCGAAUUUGGCAGCGACUCCGCAUCGAGACAUCGGAAUAAACUGAAAUCACCGAAACGAAGAAGCUCAAUUACACUUUUCAACACUCUGAAGUCUUCCACAGACCCUGAUAACAUACCGCCAAUUAUGCAGACAAACAACGUAGUCAUUGCUGCGGGCGUGGUUGGGAGUGAACAAACUAAUGGACAGGGUGUUCCGCAAGGAAAUGCAGGAGCGGCACCACCGCAACAAGGAGUGAGUGCUGCAGCUCUGGGCAUCCCACCGGCAAGUGCACAGGCCAGAUUGAGACAGGCUAAGAAAGACAGAGUGAAACAGCUCAAAGAGUACCACAGACGUGAGAAAGAAGAUGCUCUGAAGGCUAAGAAGCAGGCGAGCAGGAAGGGCGCUGGAGCCACAGGCACCCCCACCAGGACCCAGAAAAUCAAAUUUAUACCCAGCAUAGUGCUUCUAGAGGCGGCUGCCAGAAACGACCUCGAAGAGGUACAACGGCUUCUGGCUGAAGGAAUUGACCCAAAUUCUUGCAAUGAAGACGGGCUUACAGCUUUACAUCAGUGCUGCAUUGACCACUACCCUCAGAUGAUGAAACUGUUAGUGGAUGGGGGAGCAGACGUGAACGCGACAGACUCGGAGCUGUGGACGCCACUGCAUGCAGCAGCCACGUGCAACCACCUGGACCUGGUGCAGUACCUUAUUGCAAAUGGGGCAGACCUCCUCGCAGUCAACUCUGACGGCAACAUGCCCUACGACAUAUGCGAGGAGACCCAACCGGGCGACAAAACACUAGACUUCAUUGAGAACGCCAUGGCCAGUCGAGGUAUCACUCAGCAGAUGAUAGACGAGAAGAGAGCCAUGCCCCAGAUCCAGAUGCACAGAGACCUGCAGUCCAGUGUACGCCAGGGGUAUGACGUCAACCUACCCAGAGAGGGAGACAUGGCGACUGCACUCCACAUUGCCAGUGCUAAUUGCUACGUGGACGUGGUUGCUUAUCUCCUGGAGGACGCAGCAGUCGAUUUACAUGUGAAGGAUAAGGAUGGCUGGCAGCCUAUUCACGCAGCUUGUUGUUGGUGCCACCUGGAAGUAGCCUUACUCUUAAUAGAACACGGAGCCUCUCUCGAGACUGUGACGAACAAUUUCGAAACGGCAUUAGAUCUCUGCGAUGACCCUGACUUCAAGAUGCGUUUGAUUGAGAAACAGGAGGAGGUGAAGGAGCAACAGAAGGCGGAGGCAGAGGCUGAGAGGUUGAAAAGGGCUACCCGGAUCAACAACGCGGCCCAGUCAGGCACAGUGGGCAGUGCCUCAUUCGACAACAGCAACUUCGCCAGGCGUAGUGUCGCCAGAGACUCUCUCGCCGGCAAUGGACCCCCCGGAGUGACGGACCCGUUCAGAAGACAAGGCAGCAGAAGAAGCUUCAGGUCAUCAGUUCGCAGAAGCAGUAUGCGAGAGAAGAAAGACUUGCAGAAGAAAGACAUGAAAGAAGAAUUCAACACAGUAUCCAGCGUGGACGAGGGUCAGACACCUGGACAACCAACUGGAUCCACACCUUCCCCUGCAUCAGACACGCCCUCAUCUGGAAGCUACAAACUGGGCGAGGACCUCCCCCAAAACCAGGUCCACAGUUUGCUCGAUCGAGAUCACCAUCACGCUGGUAACAGUGACUUACUGCGACGCCAGAUACAACAACAACAAUCAUAUCCUUCUUCCCAACAAAGACAGCAGCCGAGCUACGGAGAGAACACUUCUAGUGAACACUUGCCACCUCACUAUGGAGAAGCGAUGAAUGUACCACCCCCGAAUAGUAACUCAAAUGCAUUCCACCAACACCCAUCUCCUCCGUAUAACAACAGCAACAAUGCAAACGAUCCUAGAUAUAUGGGAGGAGCAGGGGAUGCUAUCUCAGCUGCCCAUAUGCUCAAUCUUCCUGAGGAGUUUCGGAAUUCUAACAUGUCCAGUUCCGCUGCAACCACUGAUCCAUAUUCUCAGCAACAUAUCACCAAUGGAAGUCGGACUUCCCCGAACAAUGCCCCUACAACAUGUUACGGCGGCGGAAACACAGUCCCCAAUGUUAGACAGAACAACCCACCUCCAGGUUACGUAAAUCACGAACAGCAGCACUCGAUAGGACACAGUUCGGGUACCCUGUCUGAGCUGAAACAGAAAAGAGUACAAGAGCGCAACCAGUCUUUGAUGUUGACGUCUUCAGGUACAUCGCCAAGAACGGAUAUAAGAAACCAGAGUCAGCUUCGGCCUGAUUCUCAGCCACCAAGUCAAGGCCAGCAGCAGGUCCAAGGUAAAACGCAUUUCCAGACAACUCCAGUGAGCAACAACACAACUAGUAAUAGUAGCCAGAACCAAGGUCGCAACUACAGCCACCAAAGUCAGAACGCGUACUCUUCAAGUGGUACUCAAGGCCACAUGCAACAGAGGCCACCGCAGAAUCCCCCACGCGAAAAACAGAUGAACUCACAAUCGGCUCACUCGCUUACAAAUUCACUAGACACGACUGGAUACCCCCGAAUGACUGGAAGCAUGGGGGACUUGUCAGCAAACAGUAACAACAAGCAACAGAACUUCUCACAAUCCAUGCAACUCAUGGAUGGUCAUAACACGGGGUCCCUAAGGGACCAAGAAAUGAUAGGAUCAGACAAGAAAAAGAAAAACAAAGACAAAGCGUGUAGAGUCAUGUAAAGAUGAAGAAACUAUUGAUCAGGCGAAAUCCAAUUCCCGUAGUUAUAAAAUUAUUUUGACCCCUCCUCGAUGCUUAGAAUAUAUCACAAGGAUAAUGGAUGAAUUGUUGUUGCACCUUUUGUGCCAGAUUUUUAUUUAAAGAAAUAUACUUUUUCUAUUUCUAUCGAUGUAUAAAUCAAUUGUGCUGAAUUUUCAAGUUUAAAAUGCAUUCCUUGAGUCGAUUAUCAAGCGUUCAGAUUGGAACUGCUGAAGAAAAAGCUUUUUGUGUUCCAAUUAUUCUUUAAUUCUCCCCAGCUCUUAAUCGA